UUAUCCGUGAAACUAAAGAUAACAUUGUGUUCAAGUGUAGUUCAUUUGGGUCAGAUGAAUUCUGCUAUACUCUUAAAUACACAUUGCCUGAUUUUAGUACUUUAUUUUCAAACAUUUACCAACCACAUUAAUCAAAUUAAACAUUAAAUCCGUGUAAUAAGUGAAUGCACGAAAACCAAUUCGCUUGGUUUCAUAUGAACAUACAUGUUUGCGCAAUUAGCGGUAGAUUCAUAUUUACAGCACAAUAAUCCAGAGGAAAUCCGAAUGUCAGGCAACAACGUCGAGUGUUUCCGACCCGGUGAUAUCAGUAUUCGGGCCCAUCGUCCCGGGGAGGAGCGGGUCAUGCUGGAAAUGUGGACCAGGCAGAGCGGGGACGUGUCGAGGUACGACUACAAUGCCUACAUGGCCAUCGAUCCAAAUAACCUGCUGGUGGCAGUGGACUCAGUCGGCGAAAUAUUAGGUUUUGGCGGCGUGUAUCAUCACGACGCAGAUACCGUUUAUGUCGCACACUUUAUUGUGCGCCAAGAUCUGCGUAAGAAAGGCAUCGGGAAACAAAUCUGGCAGGCUAUGAUGACGAGAUGUGGAGAGAAAAACAUCGCAUUGGACGGGGCAAAAGCGAUGGUGGAAUUCUACAGAAAGCAGGGUUUCGUUUACAGCACUACAAGGGUGAUUUUGUACUUGUUUGUGAUACCAGAAACUAUAGAAGUACAAAUACCGCCAGACAUUGACAUGAGACCUCUGGAAGAAGACAUGUGGCCGGAACUGCUAGAAUACGACAAACAGGUGUAUGUCAACUUCGACAGAGCACGCGUUUUAAGGGCAUGGUACUCGCUGGAUGACGUCACGGUAAUGGUCGCGUUUCAAGGAGAACGAAUUGUCGGUUACGGCGGUAUACAUAGGAAAACCGAUACAACGUUUGGUGUUCGUAACGUCUUGGCUGACGACGAACACGUCGCUGAACUCAUAACGCGAAUACUGUUGCAAGACGUUCCAAAAGACUCCACGGUCUAUGCGUGGAUGGUGGAAGGAAAGCCAAUCCCCGACUUUCUGCUGAGGAAUGCACAGCGAUCUCAACGACAUUGCGAGAGGAUGUACAACAAACGCUGCAUUAACGUCAAUCGGGAGAAGAUUUGGAUAGCUUCUGCACAAAUCCUCUGAUUUACAUUGUAAAAGACUCACGAGUUUUUAUGAAAACGCAAGAUAAUAAUAUUUGUUGAGUAAAUUGCCAUUAGAAAACAUCAACGUUGCAACAUAUUAUCUAUAAUUUAAGUAUAGGGUAAAUAUUUUUUUAUGUAGCUUAGUAUUAUUAUUCAGCAUUCCAUUUCAAACAGGAAGUUCCGGAUAAAUGGAACUGAGAUGCAAAUAAACUCGUCAUAUUCCUCUAUAAUUAUAUAUGAAGAAACUCG